UGCAAUAAUCGAUUAUAUAUCAUGGCGAUAUGUAUUUGAAGGUUUCAUAACCUCUUUUUAAGGAUUGUAGGAAAUUUAAGAUUGAAAACAAAUGUUUUUGAUCUGUAUUAAUGUUUCAUUUGCAACGUUAUAAUAGUUAACUCUAAUCUAGAAAUAUUAUAAUAUAAUAUUCUCUUUUUCUCUCACACAGAAUUUAUUUUAAACGUAGCAUAUAUUUAUAAUAUUAAAAGAAUAUUCAUGUAAUCUUUAUUAAGAUCUUUUAUACAAGGAUGUCUGUAAAUAUACGGUGUCGAUUAUGCGGUGUAAAAUGUCAGGAAUAUUUAAAUAUAUCUGAUAAAGAAGAAAUCUAUGUUAAAAUAUCUUGUUGUUUACAAAUUACGAUUUCGAAAGAAGAUGUUCUUCCUAAAAUUAUUUGUUGUGCUUGUAGUUCUAAUUUAGAAUUGUCAUACGAUUUCUUUACAAAAUCUCAGAUGGCUCAAUUGUUUCUGAAUGAACUAUAUGGAUCAAUAACUAAUGAAAAACAAACUACCAUUGAACAUACUGAUAAUGAAACUCAAAAUCUCAAAACAAUCACUAAGGAAUCUAUAGACUGUAACAAGAUAUGUGUUUCACAGGAAUUAUUGAUUCAUGAUGACAAAUCUAAUGUAAAUGAAAAAACUAAGAAACAUGACACAAAAGAUCAACUGUCUACUUUACACUCUAAUCCAAAAAAAAAGAAAAGUGAAAAAUUAGUGGUAAGGCAAAAAAAAACAGACGAAUUAGUACAGAUAACAGAAACUCAAGAAGAAAAUACUAUUAUUACUUCUAAUAUAGAGAAAAAUACCAGAGAAAAUAAAUUAAAAAUAAGGAAAUUUAAUGAAGUUAAUAAAGCAGCAACAACCUCUACUGAUAAAUUAACAUAUACAACUUCUGUAUACAACUUUUGCCUCCCUGAUGUAAUUCAAGAAUAUCAAUGGACAUGUGCAAUAUGUGAGGACUUUAAUGUUAACAACUUUCCGGAAUUAUAUCAACAUUACAAAGCAUUGCAUAAUCGAGAGCCUUCUUUUAAAUGUAAUAUAUGUGAUAAAGUCUAUGAAGUAUAUGCAAGCUUUAUAAAACAUUUAAAACUACAUCGGGAUUUUAAUCAAUAUAAAUGCACUACUUGUAAUAAAACAUUUUCACAAAAGGGAAUAUUACUUUCUCAUCAAACCGUACAUUCCAACGAAAGGCCUCAUACAUGUUGCAAGUGUGGAAAAUCAUUUAAGAAAUAUAGCUCAUUACAAACACAUAAUAAAUUACAUCUCCCCGAUGACAUGAAGGAGAAAUUUAUAUGUGAAUUUUGUAAAAAGCAGUUUUCUACUAAACACACCUUAAUAAUGCACCGCAGACUUCAUACUGGAGAACGUAAUUUUAUGUGUGAUAUUUGUGGUAAAUCUUUUACUACAAAAGGUUCUUUGGUAUAUCAUAUCGCAGGUCAUGCAGAAGAUAAGAAUUUUAAAUGUAAAGAAUGUAAUAAGUGUUUUAAAACAGCCAGAGUUUUAAAUAACCAUGUGAUAUUACAUUCUGCAAUAAAACCAUAUCAGUGUGAUGUUUGUGGUAAGCAAUUUCAUGUACGUCGUCGCUUACAAGAUCAUCAUAGAAUUCAUACAGGAGAUAUGCCAUAUAAAUGUGAAUUUUGUGAGAAAUCUUUCCGGUUUUCUGGAAUUUUGACAAUACAUAGGAGACAACAUACAGGUGAAAGACCAUAUAUUUGUACAGACUGUUUACGUUCUUUCACUAAUUGGUCUAAUUACAAUAAACACAUGAAGCGUAUACAUCAUACUGGUGCUACUAAUACGGAAAAAAAUAAUAAAUAUAAGAAAAAGACAAAUGGUAUUGAAAUUAAAGCAGCUAACACAGAAAGUAAUAUUAAUAAAUGAGUUAUAAAGAUAUGUUUAUUAUUUUUGAAUUAUUAUUAACUUUUAUCGUUUUUAAAACGAUUCUCGUUUUAUCAAUUUCAUAUUAGCGUAAUGUUAUUUUCUAUUUUCAAGAAUAGAUUAUGGAAUUAAAAGAAAAGUAUAUUAAAUUUGUUUUCAAGUUUAUUAAUAAAAAUACAUUCGCAAUUUAUUUACAUAAAGAUUUUUUCGGAAAAAAUCAUUAAGCGAUGCAAAAAACUGAUAUGUUUUUAAAGAAAAACAAAAAGCAAUUUUCGUAUUUUAAUUUCAUAGAAUGUUAACAUUGUUAUUAAUAUCCAAUAUUUACUUUGUAAAAAGCUAAAUCAAAGAUUUAGAUAUAAAAAAUUUAUUGUUUAAGAAAAUCAUCACUAUCCAAUGAAAAAUAACGCAAUAAGUGUAGCUUUAUAUAAUUUUUAAAUGGUCUUAUUUAAUUAAAUUGAUAGGUAGAUGAAUUUUUUAUAUAAAGUAAAAAUGACUUUUGUAGCUACAUUACAUGAAAUCUAUUAUGAAAUUUUUACAUCAUCAUCUAAUAACAGGCAUAUUUAUGGAACCAACUACUAAUACUGUGUUAGAAAUUUUUUAUACUAUAAUAUAAUAUUUUAUAUUAUAUUAAACUAAUGUUUUUGCAAUACUCUUAUUUUUAUAUAUCUAACAUUUUUUAUUCUUGUUUGCAAGAAUUGUUUUCUUCAUAAAUUUAUGUGUUUGUACAAAACUGUGUAUAUAUAAAAAUGUGAUGUUUUCUACAUCUUAUUAUAUUAUUUUCAUUUAUCAUGAAUUCAACAUAUUGAUAAAUUCGUUUAUAAAACUAAUAAAGUAAAUUAGAUUAAAUUAGAUUAUUUUUCAUAUCUUUAGUAUCCUUCAUGUUAAAUAUCUGAGUGUAAAAGUAUACAUUACUAUUUUAUAGUUUAUAUAACAUAAUUACAUUAUCACAAAAAGUGUACUGUACAUUGCUUUACAUAUAAUACAUACCAAUUUAUUUAUACAUAUGUUCUAUAGAAUAAUAUAUUUAAUAAUUACAUUAAUUGUGUGAAAUUCUAUAAAAAGAUAGCUUAUUGUCAUAAAUGUUUAGUUAAAAA